GAGCUCCAGCUCUCAUUUGCGCUGGGCGCUUCUCCUUUCUUGCUCAUAUUUACCGGGGCUCAUAUUUGUGCAGAGCUGCGCCGCCGUUACAAUCUACCGCAAUGUGUUGGAGCGGGCUGUCGGUGGAGUAGGUGGAGCGGGAACCGGUGCGUCGGAGCUCGGACCAGAUGCGCCGCCGGUCAUGACGCGUCCCGGGAACAGGAGCUUUCAGGCGGCGGUGAUCGUCCUGUCUGUCGCCCAGCUGACCGCAGGUCUGAAGUGUGUGUGCCAGCUGUGCGCCAAUCACACCUGCGAGACGUCCGCAGAUGGCGCCUGCUGGAACUCAGUGAUGUUGAUUGAUGGGAAAGAGGAGACGGUCCAGUCUUGUCUGUCGCCCUCGGAGAUGAAGGGCCAGGUCUUCUGCUACAGCUCCAGAAAUGUCUCUAAGAGAAACUGCUGCUUCACUGACUUCUGCAACAACGAGACACUGCAUCUCCACCCAGAGAGGCCUUCAGAGGAACCGGGCUGGACCAGUGUGCACCUCAUCGUGUUAGUCCUGGUGUUGUCCUGCCUGUUGUGCGUGGCCAUCCUCCUGGGUGUGUUUAUCGUACAGGGUCAGCGCUGCACAUACAGCCGAGCCCACAAACAGGACCCAGAGGAACCCCUCGACGACCAGAUGCUCAUGUCACCUGACAAAUGUCUCAAAGAUCUGAUCUACGAUAUGAGCACCUCCGGCUCUGGAUCAGGGCUGCCUCUGCUGGUCCAGAGAACCAUCGCUCGGACCAUCGUCCUUCAGGAGACUAUUGGGAAAGGGCGGUUUGGGGAGGUGUGGAGGGGCAAGUGGAGGGGAGAGGAUGUGGCAGUGAAGAUCUUCUCCUCCAGGGAUGAGAGGUCCUGGUUCAGAGAAGCAGAGAUUUAUCAGACUAUCAUGCUACGACAUGACAACAUCCUGGGCUUCAUCGCUGCAGACAACAAAGACAAUGGCUCAUGGACUCAGCUGUGGUUAGUGUCAGAAUACCAUGAGCAUGGAUCUUUGUUUGACUACCUGAACAGGUACACAGUCUCAGUGGAAGGAAUGAUUGUUCUUGCUUUGUCCAUCGCUAGUGGACUGGCACAUCUUCAUAUGGAGAUUAUCGGCACGCAGGGGAAGCCUGCCAUCGCUCACAGAGACCUGAAAUCUAAAAAUGUCCUGGUGAAGAAGAACGGCACAGCGGUCAUCGCAGAUUUGGGUUUGGCAGUGAAACAUGACUCCAACACCAACACCAUCGACAUACCGUCCAACCACCGAGUCGGAACCAAGAGGUACAUGGCCCCAGAAAUCCUGGAUGAGACGAUCAAUAUGAACAGCUUUGAGUCAUUCAAACGGGCAGAUAUCUACUCGCUGGGCUUGGUGUUCUGGGAACUGGCCCGAAGAUGCUCCAUCAGGGGAUUACAUGAAGAUUUCCAGCUGCCUUAUUACGACCUGGUGCCUUCAGAUCCAUCCAUCGAGGACAUGAGGAAGGUGGUUUGUGAGCAGAAACUGAGACCUAACGUUCCCAACCAGUGGCAGAGCUGUGAGGCGCUCCGUGUAAUGGGCAAACUGAUGAGAGAGUGCUGGUACGCCAACGCUGCUGCUCGCCUCACUGCCCUACGGGUCAAGAAAACAGUGUCUCAGCUGUCUGUCAUCAAGGACGUCAAAGAUUAAAUGGAUCUUCUGCCCUGCAUCAGCACAGUACCAGAGACACUGGACAGUCCCCUUAACCUGCCCAACGCUGCCCUCUUCAGGACUCGACCGAACUGUUCACCCUCACAGACCAUUUUCAGGUUGUUGUCGGUGCCAAAGUACAUGUUGGAAGUGUGUCCGAAGACGCCCGAACCAAAUGUCUGAACUUUUGAUAGAAGAGCCAUAUAAAUAAUAAAUGUACAGAUUAUUUUGCUACCUCAGAUAUUUAAGUGCCCAAAGCUUGAAGUUGCACAUUGUGAUGUUUUAUGUGCCAUAUUUUGUAGCAACACAGUCUUGCUGAGUAGUUAAAGUGCUCAAUGACAAUCAUAACAUAUACUGCUCAGUGUUGUAUAUAAAUAGUGUGUUCAAAGCUGUGACUCUCCCAACAUCAUACACAAGUAAAAAGGUCCGUAAGAUGAAGAUAAGUAGGUUUUUACACUGAUCUAGUUUGUUAUGGUAGCGACGCAGCAUGGCUACAUGGAUGGCAACGAUGAUUGGUUUAUUAGCUGACCGGUUUGGAACAAUUCCAUUAACUUCUGACUUUUGAUCACUACUGCCACCAAUGAGUUCUAAAUAAAGUGAAAACCCCUGAGGUAGAAACAUUAAAAUCAGAUUCAUCAGAGCUGCUGUAAACCCAAAAAGCAGAGUGUUUAUCAUUAUAAACAUUUGGAUUUUAGUGAAACCAUGACUUUGUGUGUUGUGCCACCCUUUGGCCAAACUUAAUAUUUUCACCGUCUGAUUAUUGGGGAUUGCAGAUUUGUCAGGUUGGCACAUUUUGCACAAUUGAAGCUGUUCUUUGUUAAAAGGAGCUGCUCCAUGAGAGAUGAAUGUGAGAUUUUUGACAAACAAGGGGUCAUUUGUGAAUAUAUUCAUGCCAGAAACAUGUUCAAAUCAAAUUAGACACUUUUAAUGACGCCAUAGAAAGAUCCGAAGUUGAUUUCAGUUUCAUUUUAGCGUAAGUUUGACUGAAAUAUACAUCGAUUAGUCAUAACAUUAUGACCACUGACAAGCAAAGUGGAAUUUUUUUUCUUUAUCUCAUUACAAUUAGGCAGCAAGUGAAUAUUUAGCCCUAGAAGUUGAUGUGUUAGAAACAGCAAAAAUGAGCAAGAAUAAGGAUCAUCACUGGUUUAAAGUGGUUAGUAUUUACCAAAAGUAGUCCAAAGAACAAUCAGAUCUCAAUCAAUCAAGCAUGUAUGGAAGCAGAACAUUAUCACCAUUUAUUUAAUAUUAUGUAGGACCCCUUUUUCCACAAAACCAGCUCUGACCUGAGGCCUAGACUCCAUAAGACCUCUGAAGGUGUGCUGUGGUAUCUGGACCAAGAUGUUAGCAGCAGAUUCCUGAAGUCCUGGAAGUAGAGAACUGGAGCCUACAUGGAUUGGAUUUAUUUGUCCAACACCUUCCACAGAUGCUUAACUGUCCUCAGAUUUGGAUGUCCUGCCUUAGUCCAUUUGUGGUCAGUACUUAACCCUGCAGACCAUGAGCACUCAACAAGACCUGUAGUUGUGGAGAUAUUUUGACCCAGUCAUCACCGUUAUGAUAUAAUAUGUCACUCAGUUGCUUAUGUUGCUCAUUUUUCCGCUUCCAACACAUCAGCUUCGAGGACUAAAUGUUCUUUUGCUGUUGAAUAUAUCCAACCUAUUGUCAUGAAAUAAUCAAUACUAUUACCACUUCUCCUAUCAGUGGUCAUAAUGUUAUGGCUGAUUAGUGUAAAUAUCAAAGGGAAAAAUAAUAGCAGGUUUUAAAGCAAUCAUAAUAACAACAGAAAAGCUUAAUGUAUGGGGAUAAAAGAGGGUCAUGUAAGCAUUAAAUCAGUGCAGGUUUAAACAUAGGUGGACACAUAUAACACAGAUAAGCCUUGUUGUAACAGGCUUAGAGGAAAUGCGCGCAGGUAAGUCUGUACAUUGUGAGUGCUUGUGUUUGUAUCCAGGUAUGUGUUAAUGUUUCAUCAGAUGUGACACAACCCUGUAUUUAAGGAUGUGCUGUAUUUCAGUUGUGUUUGUGAAUUUACCCCGUCCACUAUGGCUUUUAGUUCAUUUCUAACUCUUCAUCCUCAGUUCAUGUUACUUUGGUGUAUUUCCUAUUAUGAAUGUUGAUUACAGCAGUGUUGCCUCUUCAUAAAUAAGCUAAUGUACAGAAGCCUGUUGCUCUAUCGGCAAAUAUUAGUCCACUUCCCAUCUUGUAAAGUGUAUUUUAUUGUCAAACAAAUGAUAAGUCGACUUCAAUCAUGUAUUUAUGUGACUUUAAGUUGCUAAUUUCUAAUAUGUUUAUUUACAUUGUAGCUCAGCCUUUGUCAUUGAAAACUUGUUUGUAUAGUUUUAUUUUUUUAUCUGAUGUUGGUUUCAAUGCUGAGCCAUGAUUAUCUUUUGCCCGUUGUGCCGUAUGCUUUCUGUUUCUCUAAGAAUCAGAUGGAUGGCACUGAAAAAUUAAACGUAUAAAAACAUUAAUUCCAAAGAGGAGUGAUCACCAUGUGCAAUUCCUGACUGUGUCUUUUUUAUAUACAUAUGUAUUAUAUGACAGUGACUAUUGAUGAUGUAACACUGCUUCAAUACUAUAAGGAUGACUCCCUCCAGAUUCUUAGAUCCAACAUUUCAACAUUGUUAAAGUGUUUUAUGUUGUUGCACAGAUGUUGAUUUCAUGCCAUUGCAUUGCAUCCUUGCACUAUUUAUUCUGUAUAGUAAUAAGUGAUAUAAGUGGGUCAAUAAAAACACUUUUUAAUGGA